AUGCUCAAUGUGUGUAAAGAGCUAGGUGUGGGGUUUCGCGCGCACGUCAAGAGUCAUAAGACAGCGGAGCUAUCUAAGCUGCAGGUUGGAGAGCAAGGCGCUGCGAAUUUCAUUGUCAGUACGAUUAUCGAGGCGGAGCAUUUGGCAGAGGUAGUGUUGGAGGAGCAGGGCAAGGGGAGGGAUGCUAGUAUCCUCUAUGGCGUACCGGUUCCGCAAUCAGGGAUACCACGCCUGAUAGCUCUGGCCGAGAAACUCAAACCGCGAUCUGUUAGCCUCAUCAUCGAUAACCAGGAUGCAUUCCUCAAGCUUUUCCAGCGUCUCGCUGCGUCAGAAAGUCAAGUCGAGUUGGGCAUCUUUAUCAAAAUCGACACAGGCUACGAGCGCGCAGGCAUCAAGACGUCAUCUCCAUCCUUCCCAACCCUCGUCUCAACAAUCAUUUCAAAGACGCAAGAAACAGGAUCCAAGUGCUUCUUACAAGGUUUCUACAGUCACUUCGGCCACAGUUACGCUGGAUCCUCUGAAGACGAUGCGGCCAACGGGUUGAUCGAAGAGUUAAUCGGGCUCGAGGCAGCGACUAAGGCCGUGCCGGCGAGUUUCGCUGGAAAACUGGUGCUGAGUGUUGGUGCGACGCCGACUGCCACAGCAGCACAGAACAUGCUUUCCCGCACUUCCCCACGGGUUCGCGAGUUUCAGACGGUGCUUUCCCGGCUGCAGGCCCAGCACCUGGUCGAACUGCACGCAGGCGUGUAUCCGUUGCUCGACUGCCAACAAGUCGCUACACACGCGCGGCCACCCACGUUUUCGUCUGCCGAGCCAACGCCAGCAUUCCAACCGCUCUCCAAGUCCAACAUCGGCAUCCGCAUGCUGCUAGAGGUAACAAGCGUUUACAACGAGCGCGCCAAACCCGAGGCACUCGUCUCAGCCGGUUCCCUCGCCAUGGGCCGCGAGCCCUGCAAGUCGUACGCUGGCUGGGGGAUCGUAACGCCUGACCUGGGCAACUCAUCCGCGAAGCACAUUUAUGACGAGCAGGCAGGCCGGACGGGCUGGACAGUCGGGCGCAUCAGCCAAGAGCACGGCGUGCUGACUUGGGAAGGCGACAGGGACGCGUGUAAUGACUUGGUGAUUGGGGACAAGGUCAUGGUUUGGCCGAACCACGCUUGCGUCGCCGGUGCAGGGUUUGGAUGGUAUCUUGUCAUUGAUUCUGAGGGGCAUGGUGAGACGGUGGUAGAUGUUUGGGUGCGAUGGCGAGGAUGGUAAAGUAAAGUAAUUGCACAUGUGUCUGUAUGUAACGUAGAAACUUGCGAUUUAACAAAACUACAGAAAAAAAGAGCAAAAGAAAAGAAGAUUGUAGU